GCCUGCGCGAGGGGCGGGAGGGACCGGCCCCGGCGGCUGGGGAUGGCUGAGGGGGGGCGGGGGGGCCAACUUCCUGGGGCCGCCCGCGAGGAUGUGGCGACCGCCCCCCGGCGCCCCUCAGCCCCAGAGACGCCGCCGCGGCGCAGCCCGCAGCGCCCCUGCCUGAGGCGCCCGCGGCCCGGAUCCGGCCCCUCCCCUCCCCUCCCCUUCCCCUCCCAGGUGCGGGGCCGGGCAGGCGGCCGCGACAGGGCAGGAGCCCCGCGGGCUGCUCGGAAGAAGGAGUUCGGAGGCUCGAUGGAGAAGUUUGGGGAUAUGCUUCUCCCAACCACGUGCCCCCCUCCCCACCUAGGGGCCCCUGGUGGAAGUUGUCUUCUGUUCCCCUGAGAUCUCAUCAUGUGGGCAACCUGCUGCAACUGGUUCUGCCUGGAUGGACAGCCUGAGGAGGCCCCACCGCCCCAGGGUGCCAGGACUCAGGCCUAUUCCAACCCUGGGUACAGCUCCUUCCCUUCCCCCACAGGCUCAGAACCAAGCUGCAAGGCCUGUGGGGCCCACUUUGCAAGCAUGGCCAGGAAGCAGCAGACCUGCUUGGACUGUAAGAAGAACUUCUGCACCACCUGUUCGAGCCAAGUGGGGGCCGGUCCCCGGCUCUGCCUUCUCUGCCAGCGCGUCUGCGCCACGGGCUUCCGGCGGGAGGAGCUCAUGAAGAUGAAGGUGAAGGACCUGAGGGACUAUCUCAGCCUCCACGACAUCUCUACCGACAUGUGCCGGGAGAAGGAGGAGCUGGUGUUCCUGGUGCUCAGCCAGCAGCCCGUCAUCUCCCAGGAGGGCAGGACUCAGGCGCCCCCCUUGGGCCCCGACUUCCCCGAGCAGCAGGCCUUCCUCACCCGGCCCCACACCAGCACCGUGCCGCCUACCUCACCCGGCCUCCCGUCUGCACCCCCCGGCCAGGCGCAGGGCCGGCAGCAGGCCAAUGGCCAUGUGUCUCAGGACCAAGAGGAGCCCGUCUACCUGGAGCGCACGGCUGGAGCCCCUGCUGAGGACGAGACCCAGUCCGUCGACUCAGAGGACAGCUUUGUCCCAGGCCGGAGGGCCUCGCUGUCUGACCUGACCGACCUGGAGGACAUCGAAGGUCUCACUGUGCGACAGCUCAAGGAGAUCCUGGCUCGCAACUUCGUCAACUACAAGGGCUGCUGUGAGAAGUGGGAACUGAUGGAGAGGGUGACGCGGCUGUACAAGGACCAGAAGGGACUCCAGCACCUGGUGUGCAGCGCUGAAGACCAAAACGGGGGAGCAGUGCCGUCCAGCCUGGAGGAGAACCUGUGUCGGAUCUGCAUGGACUCGCCCAUCGACUGCGUUCUGCUGGAGUGCGGCCACAUGGUCACCUGUACCAAGUGCGGCAAGCGCAUGAACGAGUGCCCCAUCUGCCGGCAGUACGUGAUCCGAGCCGUGCACGUCUUCCGGUCCUGAGGGCUCGCGCGGGCUUCUGCAGUGCCUUAGGGGACAGAGCUCCAGGUGUCUGGGCCCACAGUGGGCCGGCUUGCAGACGGCAAGCUAACCAGAAAGUGUGCAGUGUUCCCAAGACCAGGGCGAGCAAAGAUGCUGUCACCUCUGGGCAUGCCUGUCUUGCUUCAGAGGUACACCGUGCGGCUGGCCGAGCCCCAGGCCAGUGGAAACUGGUACAGAUCGCACAGGCCAGUCCCUGUUUUGGUGAUCUUGGGGUGACGAUGGUAACUGAUGGAGAGGACUUUACAGAAUUUCGACCAUAUCUUCCUCCCUUCCUCUGCGAACCUAAACAGUCUCACCCUUCCUCCUGUAGCCCGCCCACCCCCCUGAGCAGCGUGCCUCUGUUUGACCCACUAGGAGUCCUGGUGGGGACAGCUCUCUUCCUCCCCGGCACACCUGGAUUCAUUUCUGGUCUCUCUGGCUCCCUGUGCUUUAACCGACCUUUGCUAAAGUAUCUUGAUACCUUAACCUAAAAUUCAUUUGUUUCUUUAGACCAAAAAGAUGGUAGCUUACCAGACCAAUAGUGAUCCUCCUAGGGACAGAAAUUUGAACCAGUAAACUUAUUUCUGGUGAGAAAUGAAACACAAAUGCGAUUGGAAAACCUCAAGUCAUUAAGAGUUGCUUCCUGAAGUGCUGGAUUGGGAAGCUCUCCCUCUCCUGAGCUGACCUUGGGAGUCAGCAAAGCAUCUGACUUUCAGACUGGUGGGAGAUUCCAGUCUGUGAAAGACAGUACGUGGGUCACCUCUGCUGCUUCUCCUGGGGUCUGACUUUGUGCCAUCCUGUUUUAGUUGAUGAGAAAAAGGGAAAGCGUUGGGUGGAAGCAGUGGCUCUCUGCUUGGCUUUGACUUCUCCAGCGGACAGCCUUAAACCAUUUUCCCCUGAGUACGAGGUCCCUCUUGCCCAUGGAGGUUUUAAACAUGGUCUCGCUUGAAGGUCUCACUGAAGAGACUUAGGCAAAGGGCGUAUUCUACUCGUCAGACAAGCAUGUAAGACUGAGCACUCAGAGGUAUCAGCCCUUGAGCAGACAGCUGCCCGUGUCUGUUCCCCAGGUUGGGAGGGACUCCCGAAUCCCAUUUCCUUUCUCACCCUGCUGAUUUAGGGGCAGGUCAGGAAGAAGCUUUCCCUUGGCUCUUGAGGAAGGGCCGUGCAAUGAGUGAGUGUUGUUCUUGAGCCCUCUCAGGGUCUCUUCACCACUGCAAGAGCUCAAGUUUGCUGGAGAAGCUUAGCCAAGCCCAAACAUACAUUCUGUGCACUAUCAGGAGAGCUGCGUGUGCCGCCAUUACCGUUGGAUGAGCCAUGCAAACCCUCAGACAGCUGAGGGCUUCGGCAGUCACCCCUAUUCCCACCCCGUACAGCUGAGAUCUCUCAGACCAGAACCAAUCACGACUUUGGAAAGCAGUGGGAAACCUGUAAGGGCACCUGUUGGUUGGUACAGGAUAUACUUAAUGCUUUCUCUCCAUCAACCACUAAACCACCUACCUUGACAUUAUAUCAAGUCCUAGAUAGUUUGAUUUUGGGCUACAGCCUUUGUAGGAACUGGGGGGAAUGGAGAUUUCCCUGUAAAGACACCAUCUUUCUGCUGGACAGUAAAUACUAUAGUUUACGGUGCCUACCAGUUUAACAAAGAAUUCAGCUACUCCUUAGUUCCACUGUGAAACAGGUCUGCACAUAGCAGCUCAGCUACAACCUAGCAAUAACUUCAGGGCAGAAGCUGGCUGUUUCCCUGCUUAAAACUUGCUUUCUCUGCUGAGGCCUUACCACUCCCUACCUCCCAGUUUCCCUCUUAGACAUGAGUUAACAAUAUCCUGAUGGUUGGUUUGUAACCUCAGUAAGAAUCAGAACUGAUGUCAUUUACUCAUCUUGGAGAAAGAACUUGCCUUUAAGUCUUCUAAUCCCUUUUGGUGAAGGUUUCCAUUUAGGAGAAAAGGUGUUAAAACAACCUAACCCUAAGCGCGCCCCCCCCACUCCUGCUUUGUAUCUUCUUUAUUACUACACCAAAUAAAGGCUGGGAAUUCUUAAGAUCCCAUUUCAGUUACUAUCUAACUUAGGUAGCAAACUUGAUUUUUAUCCUUGGAUACUCUCUUCUGCCCCUCAUGGAUCCUUGGUCUUAAUUACCAUGGAAACAUCUAAUUCUUCCAUUAUCCCAUGGCUUUUGCUGAUUGUUCUGAGAUUUCAGUUGCGACUUGUUUUAAAAGACAGGACAGCUGACUGGCUCAUAAUACAUUGGAAUAGCUGGAUCCAAACAAGAAAGAAUAAGCUGUACAGGAAUUAGUGCUCAAUGUAUAUUGUAUAAAUUUGUUGAAAUCUUUUGGACGUGAAUGUGUUAUUUCAAGUGGCUUAUAUUAAGAUUUUUCUCAGACUUACUUGGGUGUUAGACGAAACCCAAAUGUGUAUUUUUUGUUACAGAGCUCUGCUUUAUAAUUUUGUAAUAAAGUUUCAACAUAGA